GGUGACGGACCAUGGCCCCACCUCGGGGCGUGCUUAGCUGUGGCGGAGCAUGCGCCCUGGGCCGUGGUGCUGCAUCCCGGUGGCUACCAAGGCGUCCGAGGUGGUCCCGGCACUCAGCGAGGCGCUGUGUGAGCAGACCGAGUAUCAGCCGGAUGGCAGCAGCCUCUGCUGCUGGAUGUGCCCUGCAGGACACUACGUCUUCACUCACUGCACUGUGAACCAUACGUACCCCGUGUGCCACGUCUGCCCACCCGGCUCCUUCCUCUCCUACUCCAGCGGGGAGACUGCUUGUCAGCGCUGCAUCCAGUGCCGGCCGGGCGAUCAAGAGGUUGUCUCGAAGUGCGUCCCCACCAGUGAUACACGGUGCCGGUGCAGAGAGGGGAGUUUCUACUGCAACUCUGUGGACUGCGUGGAGAACUGCCUCCGGUGUACAAGGUGUCCCGGCGCCGUCCUGUCGCCUUGCACGGCUACCAGCGACACGGUUUGUGCUGGAGACGCUGACCCGGUGCGUCCAGAAAACAAAAGUGGGUCUGGGUUCCCCUGGCUGAAUGUGGUCGGUAUUGUCCUCGGCGUCCUCCUCCUCAGUGUCCUUGGCAUUGGCAUUGGCAUUGGCAUCUGCUGCUGCUAUAAAAAGAAAGACAAGUUAGCCUCAGGUGUGCGGGUUCCUUACCAGCCGCUCGUCAGAUUUUUGAAGGAGUCCCACAAGAUGGCCCGGUCGCCGAGAAGCAAUCCACAGCCUGAGACGGUGCGCCCUGAGGUGCCUGAGCGGGCCAGGCCGGCGGCGGCCCCGGAAGCCCAGCCUGCGGAGGAGGAGAGCCUCGCCUUGAUGCCCGAGUCCGGGCCCCAGCUGGGCCCCUCCGAGGAGCCCGAGGAAGGCGCCGAGCUGCAGGCGGUGGUGGUCGGCGGAAGCCCGGCGGCCCCAGAGCAGACGUUAGAGAGCGCACCUCCUGUCCCUUCCGAUGCCCUUGGUGCUCCCGCUGCUGGCGGUGCUCCCGCUGCUGGCGGUGCUCCUGGUGCUCUCGCUGCUGGUGGUGCUCCCGCCGCUCCUGUCGCUCCCGCUGCUCGGGGUGCUCCCACCGUUCCCGCUGCUCCGGGGCCCCAGGACGGGAUGCAGGCACCCCCCUCGCUCAGGAGUCUAGAGGAGCACUACAGGAAAGAAUAUCUCCUCAUCGACCAAUCUAACGAGGCCACCAUGAGGAUCAACUGUGAAUUUGUCAAAGCAAACUUGGGAAAUAACUUUAAGAUGUUUGUCAGGCUAAUUGGCCUGGACGAGGCGGACAUUGACUCUUGCGAAUGUGAAAACCCAGGCAAUUUGAAUGAGCAGCAUCAUAAGAUGCUCUCUAGGUGGAGAGGGAGGAAGGGAAAGGAUGCUUCUGUGUUUAGACUCCUGGCUGCCCUCCACAAACUGGAGCUACACAUGCACCUGGAGAACAUUAUAAACAAUCUAGUAGCAGAAGCUCUUUUAGGAAAACGUGUAGAAAACUCCGAGACCUCUGAUUAGAGUGAAGUUUUGGCACUGGAUUAUGCCCGAGGCAAGGCUCCACGUGGACUGGAUCUGAUUCUGGCCCAGUUUCUACCCUAUUAGGAACUUCUUGAAUCCCAGAUGGAGUUCUCUGAAUAGAUUUCUACGGAACGUUUCCAUUGGGGCGGUCAGUUCUACACGCUGAGAAGAAGUGCGUUCCUGCCCGUGAAGGGGUGUCCUGGGGACUGCCUGCGGGCCCCAAGGACGUGAUUUGCCGGAGGGAGGAGCUCUGUACACUUCCUGUACGGGGGUGAUUCACAAUCCUUGGUCCUCUUCCUGGGUGCUGAGGCCCGGAGGGUUUGACAGUUUUUCUGUCAUGGCCUGCUUCUCCACAUCCAAGUCUCUGUGAUGUCCCCAUGGCCUAGAAUGGGGUGACUGAGUGCUCCAUAAAUAAGUAUGAGCAACCCAGUGACCACUAACCUGUACCUGGCAGCUGAUGGGACCGUCGCUGGGGCCUUGAGCUGGAGGUCUAGACCUUGGCUUGCUUUUUUAGAAAAAAUAUUUUUAGGGGCGCCUGAGUGGCUCAGUGGGUUGAGUGUCUGACUUCGCUCACAUUUAUGC